AACCAAAGAAUGAGAAAUAGUUUUUUUCUCUCUGCAGGACACACAAAAAGACGAAACUAACCUCCUAAGAAUUGUUGAAUCACAGAAAACUCGCCACCCACAAGAAAAAAAAUAUCCCAAUUCUUCUUCUUCUCUCCCUUGCAACUUGCACUUUCCUCUUCUUCAUCUGCUUUGUUUGUUAUCUUUCUCCAAGAAAACCAAAAGCAAAAAAAGACCAAAGAGAGAAUUACGAGAAGCUUAACAAGAAACCACAAAAAUCUUUCAAGAGAGUUUUGAUUUUGAUAUUAGUUUUAGUGAUGGGGAAAAAGUGUGAUUUAUGUAGCGGUGUAGCAAAAAUGUAUUGCGAGUCAGAUGAAGCUAGUUUAUGUUGGGACUGCGACGGUAAAGUUCACGGCGCUAAUUUCUUGGUAGCUAAGCACACUCGCUGUCUUCUCUGCAGCGCUUGUCAGUCUCUCACCUCAUGGAAAGCUUCAGGGCUUCGUCUCGGUCCUACCUUCUCCGUCUGCGACUCUUGCCUCGCUCUUAAAAACGCAGCCGGAGGUGGCGGCGGUGGGAGGAACAGGAUCUCUUCUGAGAAUCGAGGUCAGAAUGAGGAGGUUAACAGUUUCGAUUCCGAAGAAGAUCGGAUCAGAGACGAUGACGCUGAAUCUUACGACGAUGAUGAUGAUGAUGAUGAUGAUGAAGAGUACAGUGAUGAUGAUGACGAAGGUGAUGUUGACGAUGAUGAGGAAGCUGAGAAUCAAGUUGUUCCGUGGUCUGCGGCGGCGGCGCAACCACCUCCGGUGGUGUGUUCUUCAUCAUCUUCUGAUGGUGGUUUGGUGACUAAGAGAACGAGGACGAUGGAGAAUUCAGAUCUUCUCUGCUCCGAUGAUGAGAUCGGAAGCUCUUCAGCAGUACAAGAAUCACGACCGUUGAAGCGAUCAUCGAGAGAUAAAGAACCGGUGGUUAACUCUAUCGUGAGAAUGAACAGCGCUGAUACAUCUGCUUCAUCGUCUUCUUCUUCUUUGAUCUUUGCCAUCGGUAAAACCAGGAGAGAUCUCAGCCGUUGAUUCCUUUCUUUUUUUUCCCUUUGAAGUAAAUCACAACCGUUCAUUUUCUGACACUACUUUUGUUUUAGUGUUGAGAUAGUAGUAGUAGUUCAUUUCUUUUGAAUGAUCCUAUGUGUCGUACAAACUCAAUUUUUUUAAGCUUUUGUAUUUGACCUUUUCUAUUAUCAUGUUGAAUUUUUUUAAUGAGUAAUUCGUAUAUAUUGAAGUUUCAUAUUUUGAUUA